CAGUCUGAGCGAUGCAGAGAGACGAGCUGCAGAGGAACUGAAAACACGGAGAUAUCCGAGCGUUUGAGUGAAAAAGAGAAGAAGAGUCUGUGGGAAUGAAGAGCUGAUCAUCUUCUCUGUGAGUCUUUUUAUUCUCAUUUUUACCCAAGACAGAAAAAAACCUGCAGAGAUAACAGAUUUACUCCAACAUUCACCUCAUACCUGUCUGAGAGGGAAAGGUGAGCAGACGUUACUGCAAACUUUAGUAAAUCUGUGCAGAAAUGAAGCAGCUCCUCUCUCUGAUUUUAUCUCUCAGCUCAGUCUGAGACAUCUUGUUCUCCAUAUUCAGGUCGAUUUACAGUUUUGAAUGAAGAGGUUUGAGGAGAAAAGUGAGAGCAUGACUGUUUCUGCGACCUAAAUCCUGUUUUUUUCCUAUAACUGCAGAAAAUGAUUCACCUCAGAUACAGAUUUUACAGACUGUGAGAUUAAAAUCUGUCAGUGGAUUCAGAUCUUUGCUCAAACUGUGUCUGAGUUUGUGAAUCUGCAGCAAAGAUGUGCAGAUUAAAAAAGGGACGAUCAUGAAGUUUGAUUUUUAAAAGUGCACAGAGACGACGUGUAUAGUGUAAAUGUUGGUUUCAUUGUCUGGAUGUGCACAUGCAGCAGUUUUAGGGUUUGAAUCAGUGUCUCCGUCUCCAGCAGCUGGUUAAGAAGUUGAAGUUGACUCCUUUUAUACGUCUGAUUGACUAAAGUGAUGUUUAAUACAUACAUGGAUCAUCUCUAAACCUUCAGUCCACCAUGGAGCUCUGAGGUUAAAGCCUGAAACUCAUCUCUGUGUGCUCUAAAUCAUUUGGAUGUCUUCUUUGGAAAUUGCUGAAAGCUGCAGUCUUCGCUCUCUGACCUGUUUUUCAUUUGCAUGUUAAAAUGAGAAAAGAGUUUUGGGUUCUUUGCUGCUGAAUCACAGAGGAUUUGAAGUGUUUUUAAAGCAGAUUGAAGGUUUUGGAGGAAGAUGAAGCUGACUGAUGACUUUCUAGUCCAGGAUGUAAUUUGUGUUUUUAAUCGUCAUGAACUGUUUGUCUGUAACUUUGUAAAAACGUACCUCUGAAAGUCUUGGCCAGGAAAGUAUAAAUGGGUCAGAUAUUAUUCCCUUAAAAAAAGUUGUAUUUGAUGAGAAUGAAGUAGAAAUAUCAGUCCGUGAGAGGAAAUAUCAGAGAGCGUCUUUCUGGAAGCAGCUUUAUUGCUUAAAUUUCAUUCAUUUGAUCAUUUAUAAAGAUCAAUUUACGACUUUUAAUCCCGGGAAUUUACAAACUGAUAGUCUUGUCAAAUAUUUUCUUAUAUUUUACAGCUUGAUGACUUUUUCUUCAAUGACGUGUUAUCAUCCCGACUUUAUUCAUGUUAUUAUUCAGUCCUGUUUUUUUGAGAUCCUAACCCCCAGUUUCCACCUUCAUCCUGAUCGUCUCCUAAAAGGUCGUAUCCUCCGAUCGUAGCUGAUCGUAACCCUUCAAGUUAACGUGUCAAUUUACACCGACUUCUUUCCGUUCCUCUGCGGAUCGCCGGACUCCUCAGCUGAUCACAAGAGUUCUAUUUUUUCUGGACGCCGGAGCAUGGCGGAUAAAUUCAGCACAGAUUAACCCGUGCUGGAAAGGAAGUCGGGCACAGACACAAAAUAAAACAUCCGGCUUCUUUUCAAAGUAGAUUUCCUCCUCUGGAAGGACACAAUCUACUGCUUAUAUGUCUAUGUGGCGUCUUUUUAGAGACAACUCGUUAACGCACGAUUGAACGUGAAUCUGCGGAUUCUUGUGAGUUCUCGCGAUUCCCACUGUCCGUAAUUCGCCGCAAAAUUUGCCUCACAAACGGAUGUGGUAGGACUUGGGGGACGGUGAAAACCACCGCUGUUCCGGAUCGAAGCCGUUAUGGAUGCAGUGAUAAUUGGGGGUAACCCUUCAUCAGACUUUUCAACUUUAUUAAAAUAGUGCUGUCAGUUUUUUUUAACCUCCUAAAUUUGAUCAAAUAUCAGAUUAAACUCUUGCCUCUGCAGACAGUUUACUCUAACGAUCUUUCUGUUUUCGAUUCUCUGUUUUUAGCCAUCUGCUCUCUGAUUGGCUGACAUCAUUGCCAACAUGGCGCACCUCUUCCUCGCCAGUAAGAUCAUCACACCGGAUGACCUCCACGGCAAAGGCGGGCCCAAGACGCCCAAAAACGCCGCCAGGAUGCCGCCAACACUUUCAUCUGAGAAAACAAGCCAAGAGAAGAGCGGGAAGGAUGGCGUCAUCGUGACAACACACGUCCCCCACAUCAAUGAGGUCCAGCUGACGGCGGCGACCGGCGGUGCAGAGAUGUCCUGCUAUCGCUGCACCGUGCCGUUUGGCGUGGUGGUCCUCAUCGCCGGCAUCGUGGUCACAGGAGUGGCGUACACCUUCAACUCUCACGGGUCAACCAUCUCUGUGCUGGGACUGGUGCUGCUGUCUGCUGGACUGGGCCUGCUGGGGUCCAGCGCCCUCUGCUGGAGGGUCAGACUGAGGAAGAAGAGGGACAAACGGAGGGAGAGUCAGACCGCCCUCAUGGCCAGUCAGGGGUACUGCAUCGCCUGAAUGUGGAGGAGUGGAGUCUAAGUUCUCUAUGUCUAUGUUGACGGUUCAGAUGAACGACUCUGAGAACCUAAAAGGAUGUAAACACUCAGGAGAGACGGAGGAUCUUCUUCAACAACAACAGACUGUGAUUGGUCAGAGUGAAGGAGGAGAGUUCAGACUCAUGGUGGACCAAUCAGGACCAGAACAUAAUCAGCUGUGGAGACUCAGGACUCCUGGUGGAGAGUCUUUCAUUUAUCUUUAAUACUAAGAAAACGACGUCCGUGAUUUCUACGAAGUCUGUCUGAUCCUGGGGAAUCCAGUUUGACUGUAAACUGUGGAGACGUAGACUUUACUGGACAGUGGACCUGGACUCAUUUUAUGACUUAAGGAGAAACUUUUCAGGCACAAGCUUCUGUUUCCAAGAGGAAGGUCUAAUGUUGGGUCACCAGUUUGGACAAGUUCUUAAAUCACGUCCCCGUUUACUGAAACUUCAGGACUUUACAUUCCUCACUCACUGCCCAGUUCUCUAUUCUGUCAGCUGUCCCGUCCUCACAUGGUCUCCUCUUUCCUGGUUCAGUUUAAACCUCAUUAGUGGAUAAAUCGGUGAACUGUGUUCACAGACGUGGUUUCUGAGGUGAUUCUGAGUCAUAGACUGUAUAUAGAACGGACGCCGUCCGCCUCCUCGCUGGGUGAUGCCACGCCGAGAACAGCACCCCGGUUGUGAUGUUGACAUGUAGUUACUGUCAGACUGGUUUGUGCUCAAGUCCUCUUUUUUCUGGACAGUUAUUAGGGGGUUCAUGUUUUCUAUGAUUGAAACCUGAUACAGCCUAUGGGCGUACGAAGAUGGCGUAGCUCAUGUCAUCACAGCGACUCUCGGCAACUCUCCCGCCAAAUGCGAACAACGAUACUGCGCAAUGUUGGUUUCAGGAAAUAAAGAAAGAUCGCAGAAAUACCAAGAACUUUUCGGCUUCAAAUCCAUAUUCUGGCGGAACCAAGUUGUCCAUUAUAUAUACAGUCUAUGUUCUGAGUCCAUGCGGUAAUUUCCACUCUAGAGUCUGUUUUUGAUGCCCUGAACGUCAGGACCUUCCAGUCUUGGUUUUGGUCCUUGUCUCUUCAGUACAGAGAUUUCUGCCGGUCCCUUAAACCCAAAUCAUGUGACUCACCUGUUGGACACUGACGGUUUGUUUUUGCACUAUUUUCAAUUCAACAGAGACAGUUAGUGAACAUAGUGAACAUUCAACACAGAGUCCAAACUGGAAUGGUUCUGCCAAUAAUGACACCUAAAGAUGAUGAGCCCCAUCAGACGACCAUUGUCUGGAUCUAUUAACCCCGCCCCCCAUAUAAGAGUCUGUAAAAAGUUACUGGAGCUCUUUGAAGCUCGGUCAUGGUGUACAGUCGUUCUUUGUAAAUGCUGCUAAUAAGCUCAAAGAUGUUUAACACGGUACUUAGAUGAUUUCUGAUGAAGCCCGUCGGUGAUCUCAGCUCUCUGAACGUCACUCUGGGAUUGAUCCUGUCAGAUCAGGUUUAAGACUCUCCUGGAUUUGGCUUCAUUUCUAAUCCCUGACAGUUUCGUCCAAUCGCAGAGUCAGUGUCUGAGUGCUGAGCUCACAUUCGUGGGUCAAUCUCUGAUAUGCAUGCCACUUUGUCUGUUGAAACUCCUGCACUACGAUCCAAAGUGAGUGAAAUAUCUAAACAAUCAUGUAUCCUGUAUUAAAGAGCUCACAUGUUGCUGUUUCACGGAGGGUCACUUUGACUCUGUCUCACCUUCUUCACUCUUAUUUAUUCUUUUCUUUCUCUAAAACUCAAAAUAAAUCUCCAAACCCGAAGCUGA